CAAUCGCGUUUCCAUUGGUUCCGCGCCUGGCCGCAGCCCUCCCUUUUUUUUCCUCAGCCGUGUAAUGGCUGCUCCCAAGACACGGGGGGCUGCUACCCAAGGAGAGGAGGACGGUGAUGGCAAACGUGGCGGAACUGGGGGUGUCAGUUAUGAGGACAGUAAGGAUUGUAUCCUGGAGCCGCUUUCCCUGCCAGAAAAUCCAGGUGGCACCACCAGUUUAGAAGGUUCUCCAUCUGUGCCUUGUAUUUUCUGUGAAGAACAUUUUCUUAUAGAUGAACAAGACAAACUUCUGAAGCACAUGAUCAUUGAACAUAAGACUGUCAUAGCUGAUGUUAAGUUGGUUGCUGAUUUCCAAAGGUACAUUUCAUAUUGGAGGAAAAGAUUCACUGAACAGCCCAUUACAGAUUUUUGUAGUGUGAUAAGAAUCAAUUCCACAGCUCCAUUUGAAGAACAAGACAAUUAUUUUUUGCUGUGUGAUGUUUUACCAGAAGAUAGAAUACUUAGAGAAGAACUUCAGAAGCAGAGACUGAAAGAAAUUCUGGAACAACAGCAACAAGAGCGAAAUGAUAACAGUUUUCAAGGCAGUUGUAUGUUUUGCAAUGAGGAAUUCCUCGGAAACAGAUCUGUUCUUUUGAACCAUAUGGCCAGAGAACACACUUUCAACAUUGGGUUGCCAGACAACAUUGUAAACUGCAAUGAAUUUCUGUGUACAUUACAGAAAAAGCUUGACAACUUGCAGUGCUUGUACUGUGAAAAGACCUUCAGGGACAAAAAUACACUUAAAGAUCACAUGAGGAAAAAACAGCAUCGUAGGAUCAAUCCUAAGAACAGAGAAUAUGACCGAUUUUAUGUCAUCAAUUAUUUGGAACUUGGAAAAUCCUGGGAAGAAGUUCAACUAGAAGAUGAUCGGGAGUUGCUAGAUCAUCAGGAAGAUGACUGGUCUGAUUGGGAAGAACACCCUCUCUCUGCUGUCUGCCUAUUUUGUGAAAAGCAAGCAGAAACAAUUGAGAAAUUAUGUGUCCACAUGGAGGAUGCACAUGAAUUUGAUCUCCUCAAAAUAAAGUCAGAACUUGGACUGAACUUCUAUGAGCAAGUGAAACUAGUCAAUUUCAUUCGGAGGCAAAUUCACCAAUGUAGAUGUUAUGGCUGCCAUGAGAAGUUCAAGUCCAAAGCAGACUUAAGGACUCACAUGGAGGAAGCUAAACAUACUUCACUGCUUCCUGAAAGACAGACAUGGGAUCAACCACAGUAUUAUUUUCCAACCUAUGAAAAUGACACUCUGCUAUGUACCCUGUCUGACAGUGAAAGUGACCUGACAGCUCAGGAACAAAAUGGAAAUAUCGCCAUCAUUAGUGAAGAUACAUCUAAACUGCAUGCUUUGAAACAAAGCAGUAUUUUGAACCAGUUGCUACUACAUGAGUCCUUGAAAAACUAGAAGAAACUGCCACAUAAGCAAUGUUUCAUGUUUUCUCCAAUGAGACAGAUGCAAAAGAAUACUUUAAAUUUGAACAUCAGCAAAGGAUUAGUCUUUGGUAAAAUUUUUUUUUUUUUUUUUAAUUGGCUGUCUUGGGUCUUCAUUGCGGUGCGCGGGCUUCUCAUUGCAGUGGCUUCCCUUGUUGCGGAGCACAGGCUCUAGGCUCGCAGGCUUCAGUAGUUGUGGCUCGUGGGCUCUAGAGCGUGGGCUCAGUAGUUGUGGCACACAGUCCUAGUUGCUCUGCAGCAGGUGGGAUUUUCCCGGACCAGGGAUUGAACCCGUGUCACCUGCUUUGGCAGGCGGAUUCUUAGCCGCUGCAUCACCAGGGAAGUCCAAAAUAAACUUUUAAAAAACUAAUUUUUUUCCCAAAAAUAAAGUAGAAACUAAAUAAAAUGAAGACUUUUUGUAUAUGGGCUCUGAAGUUUUGUUAUGUAAUCAUUGUAAAUGUUCUCAUUUCAUUAGACUCAUAUUUAUCUAUAAUAAGGAAGACGUGCCAAUCACAAAGAAGUGAAAUGUUCAAAUUAUUUAUAAACCUAAUUUCAACCAGUAGUUUCAGUCUCUUCCCCACAGGCUUUCGUCAUCCAGCAAGUCACAAAAUUUGACAGACGUGUGCUUUCUGUACUACACUGGGUCAGCUGUGAAUGUAGUGACCAAAAGAGGAGCCACAGAAGAGAGGAACAGUGGUCAAAGUCCUGGAUGAUGCACAAAUCGGACACUAUUUCGGAAAAAUCAAAAUCUGACUAUGGUAUUAUUAUUGCUUUCCACCUGGAGUUAUUAAACUCCCUAGAAAUGGACAUCAAGCCAAAUAACUUCACUUUCCCCUACAGUGUAUAUAUGGCUAACAGAUGAGUACUUUUUUAAAAACAACCACAAUACCAUUAUGACAUCUAACAAAAUUAACAAUAACUUCUUAAUAUCAUAUGUUUUCAGUUUUCCUUAGUUGUCCCAAAAAUGUCUUUUUACAACAUUACCAGUUACAGGACAAAUAUUGUAUGCCUCCUGAUAAGAUGCAAUGAGGAAGACAAAACAUCCCUUUUCAGGGUUCUUCCCCAAAAUGUAUAAUGCGAAUAUACUGAAGAAACAUCAACUAAACCCAAGUGAGGGACAAUCUACAAAUAAUUGGCCUUUACUCUUCAAAAAAUCAAGGUCAUGAAAAACAAAGACUGAAGUAACUGUACCAAAUUAAAGAAGACUAGAGAGGUAUCACAUUGUGUAAUCCUGGAUUGGAUCCCAGACCAAGAAAAUAUGGUUUUCUUCUGCUGUAAAAGAUAUUAGUGGGACAAUUAGCAAAAUUUGAGUAAGGUCUGUAGUAAAUGUUAUGGUAUUCAUAUUAAUUUCCAGAUUUCAGCAAUUGUACUGUAGUAUGUGUAAGAAUGUUCUUGUCUUUAGAAAAUACACACUGAAGUUGUUAAGGGUAAAGGAGCACUUUGUUGGCAAUAAAAAACUAAUAUGGGGAAUUCCCUGGCCGUCCAGUGGUUAGGAUUCCGGGCUUCCACUGCAAGGGCCCUGGCUUUUUUUUUUGGCUGCAGUGGAUCUUUGUUGCCGUGCAUGGGCUUUCUCUAGUUGUGGCGAGCGGAGGGCUACUCUUUGUUGUGGUGUGCAGGCUUCUCAUUGUGGUGUCUACUCUUGUUGCAGAGCACGGGCUCUAGGCACGCAGGCUUCAGUAGUUGUGGCACGUGGGCUCAGUAGUUGUGGCUCACAGACUCUAGAGUGCAGGCUCAGUAGUUGUGGCGUAUGGGCUUAGUUGCUCCGCAGCAUGGGAGAUCUUCCCGGAGCAGGGCUCAAACCCGUGUCGCCUGGAUUGGCAGGCAGAUUCUUAACCACUGUGCCACCAGGGAAACCCAGGGGCCCGGCUUUGAUCCCUGGUCAGGGAACUAAGAUCCUGCAUGCCAUGCAGUGCAGCCCAAAAACAAAAAAGAAAACACACACACACACACACACACACACACACACACCCCUAAUAUGGGUAUGUAUAUAGAGAGAGAAUGAUAAAGUAGAUGCAAUAAGAUGUUAACAUUUGGGGAAAUCUAAGUGAAGGGUAUGUGGGAAUUCUUUGUACUAUGGCAACUUUUCUAUAAGUAAAAAUAGAUUUUAAAAAACUUUUCAAGAUGUCUUUUUACUUGGUUUGCUUAAAUCAGGAUUCUAGUGAGACACAUACUUUGCAUUUGGUUGGUGUGGUCCUUAAGGGUCUUAUGUAUAACAGUUUAUGCUGUUAAACUCUUUCAUUUUAACUGCCACUUACUUGUUAAAGAGAUUAGGUCAUCUUUCUCACUUUCUGAAUUUGGAUAGCGUAUCCUCUUUGUGUCAUUUAACAUGUUCCUCUAUCACCAGUUUUUCCUGCAAACUGGUAUAUCUAGAAGCUCCAUUAAAAAUUUGUGUUCGGGCUUCCCUGGUGGCGCAGUGGUUGAGAGUCCACCUGCCGAUGCAGGGGACAUGGGUUCGUGCCCCAGUCCGGGAGGAUCCCACAUGCCGCGGAGCAGCUAGGCCCGUGAGCCAUGGCCACUGAGCCUGCGCAUCCGGAGCCUGUGCUGCACAACGGGAGAGGCCACAACAGUGAGAGGCCCGCAUACCACAAAAAAAAAAAAAAAAAAAUUUGUGUUCAAAAAAAUUUUUACAAAAAUAAUUCGUAAGAGAUGUGUGCUUUCUCCCACAUCACAUCAGGCACAUGAUAUCUGAUGUGCCACUUAUAGAGAUGUGACAAUUGAUCAGUGCGUUCAUGUGCUGUCAGUCUGGUGCAUCAUUAUAAAGUUCCCCAUCAAACCAUUUUAAUAUCCACUGGUUUAUGUUAUCUAGAAUUUUUUUUAGGGCUUGCAAAAUGGUGAUCUUCUAAUUCUAUGAUUUCUUUACCAAUGGGUACUUUACACAGCAUGUGUACUAGAGAGCACUGGAGUCUGAAGUUCUAGUUUUCAACUGUUAAUGCAAGCCUGUAUAGGCAGUGCACCAAGACUAAUCUUGAAGUCAUGUGGUACAGCCUGUCCAGAAUCUCAAGAGUAAUCUCCCACCAUGUGAUCCACAAUUGACUGGAUUUGUAAAUUAUAUGAGCUGUGGCCAACGCUUUAGAAUCCAAGCCUCGAGGUGUGCAGACACCCAUACAAUUCUUUUCAUUGAAAACCAGCAAACAAUAAAUAGGAGCCUUUAUUUAAUGAAAAACCUACCGUUGUUUUAAAACCAAAGAUCAAGAAGGAAGUUAGUCCUGUGCCUAGAAACUUCUGUCUCUAGGAAUCAGAUUUGUUCAGAAAAUCAAGGAAUAUCUGGGGUGUUUCUAGAAUGUGCUUCAGUCUUAGAACAGGAGCAAUGACAGGAUGAGAACAAAAUAAAUGAAGAGUAAUUAAGCUUGAGAAGGAGAAAGCGUUUUUGGAGAUAAAGUUGAGAUUUUAGAGAACAGAUCCAACAGAUAUUAAAGGAAAAAUGAAAUUGAAAGACAAGAUAAAAGGGACAGGAUACUGUACUUGGAGUUUCAUUCAUUUAAGAGGUGUUUUUCUUAGGUUGGUAGAUAUUUGGGGGGGAUCAUCUGGAACAUAAGGACAGAAAUAAUAACUUAGUUCCAAAGAAAUUGAACAAGAGUAUAAGCAAAGUCUCAGCAAACUGUACUGACUGUCCCAAAGGGAGCGCGGAUACAGGCCACUACUGGCAAAGUGCUCUCUUAGAGCCACGCAGAGACUCCUUGGGAAGAACCACUGGUGGAUUGCACCUUAAAGACUGGGACAGUGGUGCCAAGUGUACCUGAAAGUCUGGACCAUUUGAGAGGGGAAUAGCAGUCAAAUGCAAGUAGACUGUUCGGAGGGUAUUGAAUGAGUGUCCAGAUGUUGCUGUGAUUGUAGGUAAGGACGUAAGUGCUGCCUGUGCCCAGAGUGGGCACACCUGAGAAAUUCUGAGCAUUAAGACUCUAAAGGAGGGCAGCAAGAAAGAUGAAGCAUAAUAGAAGAGAGUGAGCAGGGCAGUGAUAAAUGGAAUCCAACCCUGGAUUGGCUGUCGGCCCAGUCAGAAAAUACGUGCUGAUUAUCUCACUCGGAAAACUGAGAGUGCUCAAGAUUUUUUUUGGACAGUAGUUGCCUUUGACAGACCGGAACCUAGUGACUCAUCUCUCAGAACAGAAGACCCUGUUAGACAAAAUCUAGAUGAGAAAGGUAGCAUUAUCUGGGCCAGAAAGGAGAGAAAGUUUAAGAAAAAAAAAGAAGGAAGGAAGCAUCAGAUCCUACAAAUACUGUUAGGCCUAUAUGUGUUAGGGAAGGAAAGGGAAUAACUUAAGAAAUAAAUUAUACUGUGACAAACUCAGCUGCUCCUCCCAGAAAGGUGCAGAGGGAAAUCGAGCCCUAGGACAUAUCCACUAUUGCUGGAAAAGGCAGAGCCAAGAGAAAUACUGCUGGAGGCUGGACCAGUCCAAAGCAGGAGAAGGUGGUGUGCUGAGGAGGGCUCUCCAGAAGUAUGUGUCCUCACCAGUGCAAUUAGUCUGGUAGUCCAGUUGCCCCCAGUAUUUAUAUAUGUCUUUAAUAAUAAUAAGUUUAGUUGGGUAUAUGGCUGCCUAGAAUGAAGACUGCAUUUCUCAACCUCUCUGGUAGUUCAGGGUAUAGGCUUGUUUUAUUGGCACCUUACUGUAUUGCAUUUUUCAGAUGCUGUGUUUUUUACAAACUGAAGGUUCAUGGCAAUCCAGCGUCAAGCAAGUUUAUCCGCGCCGUUUCUCCACCAGCAUUUGCUUACUUCGUGUCCCUCACGUUUUGGUAAUUCUCACAGUAUUUCAAACUUUUUCAUUAUUACUAUAUAUGUUAUGGUGAUCUGUGAUCAUUGAUCUUUGAUGUUACUAUUGUCAUUGUUUUGGGGUGUCAUGAGCACCCCAAACCAGCCCAUCUCUCUCCCUCUCUUCAGCCCUCCCUAUUCCCUAAAACACAACAAUAUUGAACUUAGGCCAGUGAAGAGCCCUACAAUGGCCUCUGAGUGUUCAAGUGAAAGGAAGAGUCACACAUUUGUCGCUUUAAAUCAAAAGGUAGAAAUGAUUAAGCUUAAUGAGGAAGGCAUGUUGGAAGGUGAGAGAGACCAAAAGCUAGACCUCUUAUACCAGUCAAGCUGUGACUGCAAAGGGAUAGUUCUUCAAGGAAAUUAAAAGUGCUAAUCCAGUGAACACAUGCAUAAUAAAGCAAAACAGCCUUAUUGCUGAUAUGGAGAAAGUUUUAAUGGUCCGGAUAGAAGAUCAAAUAAGCCACAACAUUCCUUUAAGCCAAAGCCUGAUCCACAGCAAGGCCCUAACUCUUCCUUCAGGAAGCUGCAGGAGAAAAGUUUGAAGCUAGCAGAAGUUGGUUCAUGAAGUUUAAGGAAAGAAGCCAUCUUCAUAACAUAAAAGUACAAGGUGAAGCAGCAAGUGGUAAUAGAGAAGCUGCAGCAAGUUAUCCAGGAGAUCUAGCUAAGAUAAUUUAUGAAGGUGGCUAUACCAAACAACAGAUUUUCAAUGUAGACAAAGCAGCCUUCUAUUGGAAGAAGAUGCCAUCUAGGACUUUCAUAGAAGUUAAUGCCCGGCUUCAAAGCUCCAAAGGACAGGCCGACUCUCCUGUUAGGGCUUAAUGCAGCAGGUGACUUUAAGUUGAAGCCAUUGCUCAUUUACCAUUCCCAAAAUUUUAGGGCCCUUAAGAAUUAUGCUAAGUCUGGGCUUCUCUGCUGGCUCAGUAGUUAAGAAUCUGCCUGCCAAUGCAGGGGACAUGGGUUCGAGCCCUGGUCCAGGAAGAUCGCACAUGCCGCGGAGCAGCUGGACCCGUGAGCCACAACUCCUGAGCCCACGUGCCACAACUACUGAAACCCGCGCACCUAGGGCCUGUGCUCUGCAACAAGAAAAGCCACCUCAAUGAGAAGCCCGCACACUGCAACGAAGAGUAGUCCCUGCUUGCCGCAACUAGCGAAAGCCCACAUGCAGCAACAAAGACCCAAUGCAGCCAAAAAUAAAUAAACUUAUUUUAAAAAAAAAAAUUAUGCUAAGUCUACUCUGCCUGUGCUCUGUAAAUGGAACAACAAAGCCUGGAUGACAGCACAUCUGUUUACAACAUGGUUUACUGAGUAUUUUAAGCCCACUGUUUAGAUCUGCUCAGAAAAAAAGAUUCCUUUCAAAAUAUUACUGUUGGGCUUCCCUGGUGGCACAGUGGUUGAGAGUCCGCCUGCUGAUGCAGGGAAUACGGGUUCAUGCCCCGGUCCGGGAAGAUCCCACAUGCUGCAGAGCGGCUAGGCCUGUGAGCCAUGGCCGCUGAGCCUGUGCAUCCGGAGCCUGUGCUCCUCAACGGGAGAGGCCACAACAGUGAGAGGCCCGUGUACCGCAAAUAUAUAUAUAUAAUUGCUGUUUGUUGACAGUGCACCUGUUCACCCAAUAUCUCUGAUGGAAAUGUGCAAUCAGAUUAAUGUUUUCAUGCCUGCUAAUACAACAUCCAUUCUGCAGCCCAUGGAUCAAAGAGUCAUUUCAACUUUUAAGUCUUAUUAUUAAGAAAUACACUUUCUAAGGCUAUAGCAGUCAUAGAUGGUGAUUCUAAUAAUGUAUCUGGGCAAAGCCAAUUGAAAACCUUCUGGAAAGGAUUCAGCAUUCUAGACACCACUAAGAAUAUUUGUGAUUUACGGGAAGAGGUCAAAAUAUCAGCAUUAACAGGAGACUGAAAGAAGUUGACUCCAGUCCUCAAGGAUGAGUUUGAGGAGUUCGGGACUUCAGCGGAGGAAGUAACUGCAGAUGUGGUGGAAAUAGCAAGACAACUAGAACUAGAAGUGGAGCCUGAAGAUGUGACUGAAUUGCCACGAUCUCAUAUAAACCUUGAAUGGAUGCAGAGUUACUUCUUAAGGAUGAGCAAUGAAAGUGGUUUCUUGAGAUGGAGUCUACUCCCGGUGAAGAUGCUGUGAAGAUGGUUGACAUGACAACAAAGGAUUUAGAUUACAUAAACUUAGUUGAUAAAGCAGCAAGGUUGAUAAAGGAUUUAGAAUAUUACAUAAACUUAGUUCAUAAAGCAGCAGCAGGGUUUGAGAGGAUUGACUCCAAUUUUUUUUUAAUAAAUUUAUUUAUUUAUUUAUGGCUGCGUUGGGCCUUGGUUGCUGCACGCAGGCUUUCUCUAAUUGUGAGCGGGGACUGCCCUUCGUUGUGGUGCGGGGGCUUCUCAUUGCGGUGGCUUCUCUUGGUGCGGAGCACGGGCUCUAGGCGUGUGGGCUUCAGUAGUUGUGGCACAUGGGCUCAGUAGUUGUGGCUUGCAGGCUCUAGAGCGCAGGCUCAGUAGUUGUGGUGCACGGGCUUAGUUGCUCCAUGACAUGUGGGAUCUUCCCAGACCAGGGCUCGAACCCAGCUCCCCUGCCUUGGCAGGCGGAUUCUUAACCACUGCGCCACCAGGGAAGCCCCUGACUCCAAUUUUGAAAGAAGUUCUGUGGAUGAAAUGCUAUCGAACAGCAUGCGUGCUGCAGAGAAAUCAUUCAUAAAAGGAAGAGUCAAUCAAUGAGUCAAACUUCAUUGUUGUCUUAUUUUAAGAAACUGCCAUGGCCACCCCAGCCUUCAGCAGCCACCCUGACCAGGCAGCACCAUCAACAUCAAGGCAAGACCCUCCACCAGCAGAAAGAUUACAGUUCACUGAAGGCUCAAAUGAUGGUUAGCAUUUUUUAGCAAUAAAGUGUUUUUUAAUUAAGGUAUGUACAUUGUUUUUUAGAUAUAACACUAUUGCACACUUAAUACACUACAGUAUAGUGUAAGCAUAACUUUUAUAUGCACUGGGAAAUCAAAAAGUUUGUGUGACUUGCUUUGUUGAGAUAGUUGCCUUGUUGCAGUAGUCUGGAACCAAGCCUGCAGUAUCUCCAAGGUAUGCCUGAACUCGUGUGUCUUCUUUAAGAAACGACACAAGCACCAUUUGCUUUACUUACAUCCUUUCCUACCUUAUUUCACUUAGGAUGUAGAUAUUCUGCAUAUGAGACAAUGAGGUCCAAGCCACGCAUGGUGGGGCAACAGUGUCAACGGAAUCUGGAUCCGUGACACUAUGGAAGGGUACACCAGCACUGGAAUGCUGACCUAGACAUUUAUGUGAGCAGAAUAAACUUCAACCUUCCCCCUGUUAUUUUGGGUUUUCUGUCAUUCAUAUCCAAAACUAAUCCUAACACACCUAGAGAUUCAAGCUGCAGAAAUGUCAACAACAGCUUUAGUUCAGGAAUCUGCUGAGGAUGUUUUCCAGCUGAAACAAAUAAGGAAAUGAAGGAGAAACUCACCUUGCAUGGCAGGCUUCACAUGCCCUAGCAAUUUCACAACAAAAGGCAACAGCAGGAGCCACUGUGUCAUUAUUUAGAGCCCAGGUUCCAUGGAUCAGGGAAUGUUGGAGACAGGGGGCUCAAAGGGGAAAUGGAAGUUAAGAGGCAUUUAAUAUUCAAGCUGGGAGAGGGACUUCCCUGAUGGCACAGUGGCUAAGACUCCGUGCUCCCUAUGCAGGGGUCCGGGUUCAAUCCCUGGUCAGGAAACUAUGAUCCCACAACUAAGAGUUCACAUGCUGCAACUAAGGAGCCCUGGAGCCAUAACUAAGACCCAGCAUAAAUAAAUAAAUUUAUUUUUUUUUUAAAGGUUCAAGAUGGGAGAGAAAGAUCUCAAAACAGACUAAUGACUGGGCUUGCCAUCACUGCUAUUUCUAAACUUUGCAAGAGUGUAAAAAUCUUUUGGGGAAGAAAAUUCUCAUCUGCCCUCUUAGGUUCUCUGGCUGGGUCUGCAAAAUAAUCUGACAACAGACAUAUUAAUAUGAGAAAAGACAUACAAAUUUCUUUGAUUUUAAAAGGUUUACAUGAUGUGGGGUCUUCCUAGAAAGAGAGAAAACUUACAAAGAAACAGCUAAACUUGGAGGCCUUUAUAGCAUUUGAACAUAAGAGGUUACAUUUAAAAAGAAGUGUCAAGACAAAUGGAAAGGGCUUCGAGCUUCUAGGGGCAGCAAAUUGUAGGAAGGCAAAUAUAUGGGAAAUUAAUGGUAGAUAAGGCCUAGUUGGUAAGGUUUGUUUGUGUAGACUCUCGCGGGGCCAUCCUGUCUCCUGUAUCACUGGAAGUUGUUACUCCCUUCCCACGGACAGUGGUGGGGUGGGGUGGCAGUGGGGAGACACCUUCACAAGGGGAAUUUGUGAUCUUACUUUCCAGAAGAUAGGGAACAGCAGAGAGCUCAUCCUGUGCCUGCUUUUUCUCAGUUGCCUUCAGCUCAAAAUAAUCCUUAUGCCAGAGUGGCCUAUAUUGGGAUGGUGUAUUCUGACCUCCUACAGUCGCAUAUGUCACCCUGAGAGAAAUAUGUGUUGAUUCUUCCCAUAGGAAUGAUAAAACAUGUUGCCGACGUUAACUUCUUGAGGGAGCUUCCUCCUGGUUGAGUUUGUUUACGGAUCAAGGAUUUCAGAUAACUUACACAGCAUCCUGGUGAAGCCCAAAUCAAGAUUUCACUGUCUGUUUUAUGGAAAGUGCAAGGUUCUGGGAGCACCACUUUGUCUUGAUAAUUACUUGAAAAUCUUGGUAUUGGUUUUUUUUCUGUUGUUUAAUUUUGUUGGUGUCGAGUACUUUGAUGAUACUCUUUAAAAAGUGAGGUGUAACAGAAAUUUGGUGUUUAACUUCUGAGACUCUGAAAAAAAAACCACACUAGUGGUUCUAGUGAGACCCUGUCCAGGCUGCUGAAAGAACCACAGUGCUCUUCAGGUAUGAAGAACCCUUCUGGUUCAGAACAAGCAGAAUCAGAAAUUGGGAAGGAUGAGUUUUAGACUUUAAUGCCUUUUAACUUUAACUCAAGCAGACAAGAGAAUCUAAUCUUAGAACUUUAAUUUUUCCCUGGGAAAUUCACAAUGGUAGAGGGGUUAUUUUUAAAUUGGGGACAUCAGUAUUUUACUGGAAUGUUUUUUAUUGAAGCAUCUUUACAGUGUCAUAUAAUCUCUUUGCAGAACCUCUGAUAGACUGUUCUAAACAACAUGGUUAGAUGUAAUUUAGAAUGAAAAGUGAACGGGGAGCUUUCAGCUGGAGUUCAGCGUGGCCUGUAAUUACUUCAGUCGAUCAAUUGCCUUCCGAGGGCAAUAGCUACCCUCUUCGCCACCAGGCUCAGGAGAACACACAAAGGAAGAGUAGUUGGCACUUGGGCGGGAGAGGUCGGGGGUGUGCUCAUGGUAAGGGCUGCACUGUCAUCCUAGAUUGUUGAUCUCCUCCUGCAGGGGAGACAGGCACACUCUCAGUUGGCCUGUAGUUUAAUGGUUAAGCCUAAGGAGCUAAGAGAACACAAACCUGGAGAAUAUGGGAAAAGGGGAACUCCUUUCCCCUAGCCUCUUGUUUCCAUGAGAAAGGAAUCCAUUACAAUAACAUUCUGGGUUUCUUUCUGACCCCUCUCAUUCCUGAAAGGGAGGAAUGGCAGAACAGGAGCUUGGCAUGUGUGACUCAGCCCCUUCCUCCUUUUUCUCUUUGGGAUCUGUCUCUGCAUACGGAACGCAUCCUGUUCUGCUCCUACUUUCUGCAAACUUUAGACUGGCAGGCUCUGCCAGGGCAGUUGGAGGCCUUCAGUUGUCCAACACUCUCUACGACUGUGUGGGUAAGUGUGCCUGACUUUGGGGUUCAGUGUUAGAAAGCUCACUUGCCCACAGCUACAAGCCACAUUCUCCAGUAUCUUUAUUAGCAAUAAUGGUGAUAUUUAAUCUCCGUCUGCUUGACUCAUGUUUCAGCUGGCCCUUCUAUAAGGUAUAUGGUCUCUCAGGGUAUGGUGGGCGUGGCCAGAAUUACUUGGAGACCACCUCUCAGAGAGUUACCCCUAAAUACACUAAGUCCCAGCAAUCAGGACGCAAAGUAGACUUAGUUCCAUCCAGGGCUAAGGCUGGGCGAUAAAGCCAGAGAAUUCUAGCAUGUCAUCGGUGAGCUAGCUGCACAUAUAGUUUUUGAAAGACCAUUAGAACUAGGGUCUUAGGUUGAGUUCCACCAGAAACAGACUUUAAGAAUUUGAGGGCAGGUCAUUCGUUUGAGAGGUAAACCCAGGAAAUACCAGUUCAGGAAGUGAGGAAGUAAAACAUAAAAUGGAACACAAAACUGUGCAUUAAUGAAGUUACUACUAUGGGAAUGCGACUUAGCUUACUGAGGACCUCUGGGAGACUGCAUAGGACACUUCUUGGAGUUGUGCCACACCUACCAGCACCACCAAGGGGCAAAAGGCUGGGAUAUUUAUCCACCAACUCCACUGGCCAUGGGUUGAGGACUGCUCUCAGGGGCAUAAAUUCCCUGGCACUUCAGCCUGCCUUGCACAUUGGUCUAGUGUCCUCAGGAGGCUGGAGAAGUCCCUCAUACGAAGACUGAGGAAGCGGUAAUGUAAAAGGGCCCCGACGGUAACUGCUACAACUGCAGGUGUUGCAUUAUCACAAAAGUAAAAGUUUUAUGGAGACCUUAGCAGUCCUCACAACUUUUCCAUAUAUCAUCUCACUUGACCUUCAAAACAAUGUUGUGACGUAUCUAGUCAGGAACUUGGAUCCUAAUCAGGGGUAAAGAGAGGAUGAGAACACUGAAGAUCAGAGAGAUGGGGCAAAGCACAACAAAGUAAUAUAUGACAAAAUAAUAUAUGGAAACUUAAAAUGAGACCAAGCCAAGUCCCGGACUUCUUCAGUGAAUGGAGAAAUAGCGGUUCUUUUUGAGAGGAUGGAGUCGAACUUGAAUGAGAACAAGAAUGAAUUCUUUAAUGUAAGUGCUUUGCUGAAUUCAUAUGCAGAAUUGACAUACCAGUCCACUUCCAUCAAGGGCAUCAAGUUGCAGCUAUUGUUUGCUUAGGCUGCAAAAAUAGUCACCCUAUAUCCUUGAAGUUUAAUUCAGCUAUUUCUGUAAGCUUUAGAUGAUGGAUAGCUAAAGGGUUAAACCAGAAGCUGCCGUUGAACUCUCAUGCCUUAUAAUUGAUAUUUUGAAAAGCUAAAGCACAUUCAAUUCCUGAGGAUAGCAGUUUGCAAGAUUGAAUGGCAUUGGAGCAUGCUAAUUCAAACUGGAAACAUUCAGCUAAGUUAAUAUUAAUCUCAGAGUAUUCUAAGAUUCAAGUGAAGAUGUGUCCUUUGGUCCUUGUAAAAUUAGACUACAAAAAAACAGAUUUUUGAGGAUAUUCUCAGUCACUUGGAUACACAGUGAGCAGUAAAUAAAACUCUUAUAAAACCAUAGAUUCUGAUUUUGGUGUUUUCAUCAUCUGGCAAACAUUACAAGAACAAAAGAAUAUGCUGUGGUAAAUUGUAAAAAGUAAAAAAAAAAAAAUUAAGGAGGAAGAGAAAGUGAAAGGCAAACCAAAAAAAAAUUAUUAAUCUCUUACUCUCACAAAAGGCAGCCCACUUUAACACUUCCAUCGCUGUCAAGAUGAAGUCCGAAACCUGGUAUUUGAGAUCCCGCAGAGUCGGGCCAAAACUACGUCCUCCAACACCCCAUCCAUCACGAAGUCCAGUCAAUUCUAUCUCUAAAAUGCAUCUCAGUUUCUACCACCAUCAUCUCAGGACUGAACUACUGGAACAGUCUCCUAACUGGUCGCCCUCCUUCCUUGCUGGCUCCUGCAACCUGUCCUCCUCAGAGCAGCUUUAAAAAUCCUUCUCUGGUAUAAUGAACUUUCUUGAUUACCUACCCAGCAUCUUCCCCUUUCUUCCUUUGCUAAUAGUUUGCAAAUUAUUUGGGGGAACCUAUUCUACCCUUACUAAGUAGCAGCCAUGCCACUGGGAUUGACUCCAGCCCUAGCUUCAUGGGAGUCCUGAUUGGAAUAAGAACUUCACUGCAGAGCUACGCAGAGAGGUUAUGCAGAGAGGUUAUGCAGAGAGGUGCAUAGCAAGGGCCCGCCCACAGUGACUGGUCCGGGCUGAACCAAUCAGAGUGAAGGUGAGGAAUUCUGUUACAUUCCUCACCUGCUUCAAGAAGCUAGACCCUCCCUUUCCUGUUGAAAAAAAGACACCCGUACCCUGGUUGCUGCCAAAAAUCAUCUUGCCACCCUUGAGAGAAACUAGCUCAAGGCCUCUCACAGAAGAGCAAAGAAGAGAGUUCCUGAGAAAUGAAGCCAGAGCCGUCACCUCAAGGUCCUCUGAACGUUUCGGUUACUCGGGUCAAUAAAUCCCCUUUAUUGUUUAAACCCUUGACAUGGGGUUUUCUUUCUCAUACAGUGAGAGCUUCCCAUUGAAUAUGGAGGCAAGUCUAAACUUCUUACAUGAUCUGCAAGGCCCUCAGGAAUUUCAUCUCCACCCUUGUUUCACGUCACUCUCCUGUGCCCGCUACUCUGCAGGCAACCAGGCCUCCUUGUGUUCAUUGAACCGACCGUGCUUUUCCCACGUCUGUGUUUUCAGCACUUCUGUUCUCUCUGUACUCUUGCCCCAGCUCUUUAAUGUCACCUUGUCAUCCAGACCUCACUUUGACUCUCCCCACCUGCUGGCCCAGUCCACUUUCUAUCCCUGCACUAACGCUUCUGCUGCCAGUGCAGUUUCAAAUUCAGCACCCCAUAAGACAAGCAGAGGGGGACAGUCAGGCCGUGAGUAAAUAAUAAUCUUGGGUUCCACAAGCAAAAAUUGCAUUUGUUCUCCUUCCACUGUCACCUCUAGGAGGAAAUUAUACAAUAGAUUUGUGGGGACAUCAAAUUUUUCUGGGGCUAAGAUGGAGAAUUUUAUUGCCAAGAAUUCCAAGAGGCUACUCCCCAUGAGACAAAAGCCAAACUGCACUUUGAUGCCAGUUAUGUGGGUCUAGAAGGUCUCAGCUGAGAGCUGAUAGGGGUGGGACACGAGGAGAAGGUGGAGGGAGAGACAGCAGCAAGGCACUGAAAGGUGAGGGAGGUUGCAGGGGUCAGAGAGAGCAGACCAUUCAGCACCGGAGAGAGUUGAAGAGGACUUAGAAGAUAUUUUGAUGCACGAUGCCUGGUGCACAGUUGUCUCCUUAAAAACAUUUCAUGGGAAACAGAAAACAGACUAGAUGUUACCAGGGGUGAGGGAGAGGGCAUGGGAGUUACUGUUUGAUGGUUACAGAGUUUCUAUUUGGUGUAAUGAAAAAGUUCUAGAAAUAGAUAAUGAUGAUGGUGGCACAACAUGUGAAUGUAAUUGAUGCCACUUAAAAUGUCAAAAUCGUCAAUUGUAUGUUAUAUAUAUUUUACCACAGUUUUUAAAAAUACCAAAAAAGAAGAGAUUUUUUUUAAAACUAGCUAACUGUGUAUAGGAUGAACUGGAGUAGGUCAAACUUACCAAGAAGGAGGCUGGCACAUUAAUCUAGUCAGGAGGUGAUGAGAACAACUAGAGCAGUGAAAGUCAGUCAGGGGAAAAAUUAGAAAUAGAAUGGUCAGGACCAAAAGCAUUUGGUUUGGGACCUGCUGAGUUUGAGGCGUGUGGUGGAUAUUGCCCAGCUCUCUCCAUCAGGACUGAGGUCUUCAUUCCCUCAGCUGGCCUGGAUACAGGUAGAUAACAGCCCACAGCUGCAGCCCUCUCUGGAAUUGGCUGUUGGCCAAAUGAAGCUGCAUUGUACAAGGGGUUGUGGAAACUUGGGAAGAAAUGAUUUCUACCAGAAGGAGGGAGUGAUGGGCAGAGAAGGCAACCUGAGAAACUCCGUUGGAUUUGGCAACGUAGAGGUCCUUGGUGACCUUGGCAGGAGAAGUAUAUCUGCGGAGGGACAAGGUCUGAAUUGCAGUGGGAUGGAGGCCACAAGGGAGGCAAUGAGGAAGAGCUGGAUCUGCAUCUGGAAGGAAGGGUAGGAAGUAGGGCACGGAAAGACCUGCGAGGCAGGGAAAAUGGUGUGAGCUAGGAAACCCAGGCUGGGGAAUCACCCAGUUUAACUGGAGGAGGUCAGGGGAAGGCAGGAGGGAUGGCUAGAGAGAUGGAUCAUGCCCAUGCAUGGCUGUCUUCACUGGUAGGCUGUGGGGUUUGAGCAGAAUUAACAAGGCUGUUUCCACACUUGUGCCUGAGUUCCACUGGGUUCAGGAAACUGCCUUCUGGUGGGAACUGGGCAUUCUCUCACCAGAGUGUGGGCUUGACCAUUUGCACCAGCUGAAUGUUUUGGCUGCAGUCCCUUGGACUCCAUGUUUAUGAAUGCAUACGUAAUACAUUUUCUGAAGUGAAUUCCAUUAAGCCAGUUUAAUUCAUGCAUCAAUCCUAUUCUGUCAUGUAAACUUGUAUCUAAUACUUUUUACUUUCAUUUUUAUUUUACUAAAAUUAUUUUCAAAGGAUUUAUUUCUGUUUUGUAUGAAUUGUACAGGAAGUAUUUAAUACAUCUAUCAAAUUGCAUCCAUUAUAGCUUCUGCCAUUGUAUAUUUUCUUUUGUGACCUGUGUUUUUAUCAAAUCCAAUUUCCCUAGACAAAUAUUUGCAGAUCUAAAUUUUAUUAAGUCUCCCAGGAAAGCAAGGAUUCUUCAGUAUACACAAAUCAAUCAAUGUGAUAAACCAUAUUAACAAACUGAAGGAGAAAAACAAUAUGAUCGUUUCAAUACAUGCAGAAAAAGCUUUCAACAAAAUUCAACACCCAUUUAUGAUAAAAACCCUGCAGAAAGUAGGCAUAGAGGGAACUUACCUCAACAUAAUAAAGGCCACAUAUGACAAACCAACAGCCAACAUCAUUCUCAAUGGUGAAAAACUGAAACCAUUUCCUCUAAGAUCAGGAACAAGACAAUGUUGCCCACUCUCACCACUAUUAUUCAACAUAGUUUUGGAAGUUUUAGCCACAGCAAGCAGAGAAGAAAAAGAAAUAAAAGGAAUCCAGAUAGGAAAAGAAGAAGUAAAUGGGAGAUGAUUUGCAGAUGACAUGAUACAAUACAUAGAGAAUCCUAACAUGCUACCAGAAAACUACUGGACCUAAUCAAUGAAUUUGGUAAAGUUGCAGGAUACAAAAUUAAUACACAGAAAUCUCUUGCAUUCCUAUACACUAAUGAUGAAAAAUCUGAAAGAGAAAUUAAGGAAACACUCCCAUUUACCACUGAAACAAAAAGAAUAAAAUACCUAGGAAUAAACCUACCUAGGGAGACAAAAGACCUGUAUGCAGAAAACUAUAAGACACUGAUGAAAGAAAUUAAAGACGAUACAAACAGAUGGAGAGAUAUACCAUGUUCUUGGAUGGGAAGAAUCAACAUUGUGAAAAUGACUAUACUACCCAAAGCAAUCUACAGAUUCAGUGCAAUCCCUAUCAAACUACCAAUGGCAUUUUUCACAAAACUAGAACAAAAAAUUUCACAAUUUGUAUGGAAACACAAAAGACCCUGAAUAGCCAAAGCAAUGUUGAGAAAGAAAAACAGAGCUGGAAGAAUCAGGCUCUCUGACUUCAGACUAUACUACAAAGUUACAGUAAUCAAGACAGUAUGGUACUGGCACAAAAACAGAAAUAUAGAUCAAUGGAACAGGAUAAAAAGCCCAGAGAUAAACCCACGCACAUAUGGUCACCUUAUCUUUGAUAAAGAAGGCAAGACUAUACAAUGGAGAAAAGACAGCCUCUUCAAUAAGUGGUGCUGGGAAAACUGGACAGCUAUAUGUAAAAGAAUGAAAUUAGAACACUCCCUAACACCAUACACAAAAAUAAACUCAAAAUGGAUUAAAGACCUAAAUGUAAGGCCAGACACUAUCAAACUCUUAGAGGGAAACAUAGGCAGAACACUCUGUGACAUAAAUCACAGCAAGAUCCUUUUUGACCCACCUCCUAGAAAAAUGGAAAUAAAAACAGAAAUAAACAAAUGGGACCUAAUGAAACUUAAAAGCUUUUACACAGCAAAGGAAAACAUAAACAAGACGAAAAGAUAACCUUCAGAAUGGGAGAAAAUGUUUGCAAAUGAAGCAAUGAACAAAGGAUUGAUCUCCAAAAUUUAUAUGCAGCUCAUGCAGCUCAAUAUCAAAAAAACAAACAACCCAGUCCAAAAAUGGGCAGAAGACCUAAAUAGACAUUUCUCCAAAGAAGAUAUACAGAUUGCCAACAAGCACAUGAAAAGAUGCUCAACAUCACUAAUCAUUAGAGAAAUGCAAAUCAAAACUACAAUGGGGUAUCACCU